AUGGCGAAAACAUUGAACGAUAAAUAUUCAACUAUUAUUUUAACCUUACAAUUCACCGAUAACGUAGUCGAUAUAUCUUCGUCAAUUUUAGAUAGAAUGCCAAGUCGUUUUUCUGAUAUUGAACCUCUAAAUACUAAGCAAGCAAUAGAUGCUUAUCUUCUUUGCAAAAUUGUUCCACUCAGCGAAGCUAUUAUUCCUUUAUUACAUAUCGUUACUGAUAUUCUUGUUCAUAUUAACACAGCUAAACUUGCAUGUCAAACUCCUUCAGACAAACUUACACAAGAUGAAUCAGCUUCGAUUUAUCUAUACACAAUGGAUACUGAAUUUUAUUCUAAACUAAACAAAGCUUUACGAACAAAUGUAGUUGAAAACAUCAAAGCAUGGUUUCUCUAUUUGAAACUUUUUCAUACCGCUUUAAACAAAUUACCUUCACAAAAAGAACGCGUUUGGCGUGGAAUUGUCGGUAAUUUUCGCAGUCAAUAUACAAAAGGUACUCGUUUCAUAUGGACAGGUGUAUCAUCAACUUCGACAGAUAUCGGUAUCAUCGAGCAUUUUCUACCAAAUAAUAAACACACGACGAUCUUCUCAAUUAAUUGUUUGUAUGGAAAAUCCGUCACGAAACAUAGUGCAAUGCCUAAUGAACAAGAAAUUAUUCUCAUGCCGGGAACAAAAUUGGUCGUUAGUGGAAUUUUAAAGAAUCCUUUACAUGAUAUUAUCGAUCUUAAAGAAGAAAUAAACCCAAAUUUUAUAAAUAGUCUUACCAUACUUCCUGCAAUAAAAGUAUCAGUGAAAAAAGAUCAUUCAUCACCAACUAGUCCAAAAGCACCAUUACUAAAGAAGCCAAAGGUUGUUUUGCCUCCAAUUAAAUCUCCAGUUCAAGAUAAUUCUGAACCGCAAAGAACAUUGAUUUGUCCUCAUUGUCAAGAAAAGAAUACUUAUUUACACUACAAACAAGGAUCCCUAAGUACAUGUUAUUCAUGCAAAGCCAAUUUUAAACAAGUAACAUGUCCUCAUUGUCAGAAGACAAAUUAUUGUAAAAAUUCUCACGCUUAUGCUUCAAGUCGACAGGUGGAUUGUGCAAAUUGUCAAAAAUCCUUUCAACAACUGAAUUGUCCUCAUUGUAACCAAUGCAAUUAUUUCCUCAAUGCUAAUUACAUCGAAGGAAAUACGGUGAAUUGUUGUACGUGUAAGAAACCAUUUCAAGUGAUGAUUUGUACGCAUUGUUCAUCGGAAAAUAUUUGGCAAAAUGCAGAUCAUGUUGAAGGUAGUCGAGUAAAAUGUUCCAACUGCAAAAAAGACUUUCAAAAAGUAAAUUGUCCUCAUUGUAAUAAAACUAUUAUUUUCCCGUCACUUGGUUACAAUGAAUGUCUACGUAUUCCAUGCGCAUCUUGCAAGAAAAUCUUUCAAAAGAUUAUUUGUCCACAUUGUCAAGCGCGUUGUUCUUGGGAGAAUGCAGAUUAUCUUCCAGGUACUCGAACGUCGUGUGGGUCAUGUAAGAAAAUAUUUCAAUGUGUCAAUUGUUUUCAUUGUAAAACUCCUCUCAAAUGGCUGAAGUCGGAAUAUGAACAAGGAAGUGUAGUCAAAUGUACAUCGUGUUCAAAGAAAUUUCAACAAAUCAAUUGUCCGCAUUGUAAAGUAACGAAUUGGUACAGAAAUGCCGAUUAUGUUCAAGGAUCAUCGACGCGAUGUUCGUCGUGUAAAGAAAAAUUUCAGCUUUUGGCAUGUCCAAAUUGUUCGACAGCAAAUAUUUUGAAAGGAACGAACUUUUAUCAUGGAAAACGACAAACAUGUUUUAGAUGUAAAAAGCCGUUUCAAAUGAUGCGCUGUCCUCAUUGUCACGAAAUUGAAUACUUCAAAACUGCUACUUAUCGUCAAGGAAAUCAAACAACAUGUCUUCAUUGCAAGAAAAUAUAUCAAUUGCUCAAUUGUUCAUAUUGUUUCGUUGCAUUGUAUGUUAAUGCAUCGAAUAAAUAUCAUGAGAAUAUAUUAAUAGAUUGUCUUUCAUGUAAACGAUCGUUUUAUCAUCUGAACUGUUGCAAAUGUGGUGCUGCUGAAUAUUUCAAAACACCAUAUCAAUACGGAUCUCGAGAUAAAUGUUCUUCAUGCGAUGUUACUUCACAAUAUGUCAAAUGUUUUCAUUGCAAUGCUAUGAAUUCAUGGCAAUGCAUUACAAAAAAAUAUGCUUAUGGACAUGGGUGGAUUGUGACAUGUGAUCGAUGUCAGAAAAAAUAUCAACAUUUACAAUGUCCACAUUGCAAUACGGCGAAUUAUUCUUCGAAUUGUACUUAUGUCGAAGGAAAUAGAGUCAAAUGUGUGAAAUGUGAAAAGUUGUUUCAACAUAGACAAUGCAAAUCAUGUAAUGCAUCGAACUAUUUUCCGAAUGCUGAUUAUGAUGCUUCGAAAGGAUGUAUUUGUUGGGAUUGUUAUGCAAAUAUUUGA